AUGUUCACUCUAUAAAUCAAAGAGAGAAUUACUUGUGGUGGUAUAUAUGCACCUAAUAUUGAAGAUUAUACUUACAAAAUAGGUAGCGGAUUAAAAAUCUUUACACAUGAAGCUUUCCACACUUUACCAAUACCUAAUGUUUGCUCUGAUCUAACCAUUAAAGCUUUUAUUGAUGACAGCCUAACAUUUCCAUAAUUUAUUCAAUAUAACUCUAUAUUUCGGCAAAUUUCUGUAAUUUCUGAAGAUAUCAAAGAUGAAGGAAAAUAUUUUGUAGCAAUUGGAGGUUACACUUGA